AUGCAACACCUCCUCGCUCUCGCGGCCGUUGUGCCCGCCGUCUUCGCCCAGACCUUCUACGGGUGCUACACCGAGGUGCCCACCCGGGCGCUGACAGGGUCCCUGCUGGUCAACUACACGACCAUGACCGUGACCGAGUGCGAGACGCACUGCACCGGCUUCAGCCUCUGGGGGCUCGAGUACGGCGGCGAGUGCUACUGCGGCGACUCCCUCUCCCAAGGCUCCUUCCCGGCCUUCUCAACAGACUGCGCCAUGCCUUGCGGAGGGGACGCAACGCAAAUCUGCGGCGGGCCAAACCGGCUCUCGCUGUACGGGACCUCGGAGGAGCCGCCCGCCUUCACGCCCUACCCGCACGGGGGCGAGGGCGAGGUCACGGCGACCGAGUACGUUGGGUGCUAUACCGAAGGCGUUGGGGUUCGGGCGCUGUCCGGGGCUAGCGCCGUCUCGGCGUCGGCCAUGACGGUCGACGGCUGCGCCAAUUUCUGCCUCAACUCGGGCUUCCUCUGGUUUGGUCUUGAGUACACGGCCGAGUGCUACUGCGGUAGUGCGCUGGAUGUCACGAGUGCGAAUGUUACGGAUGCCGAGUGCGCCAUGCCCUGCUCCGGUGCGCCGACUGAGGUGUGUGGUGGGCCGGAUCGGUUGAGUGUUUACCAGUGGAUUUGA